CUCCAUGUCGGGAGAAUUGUGGAUUACCCUAGUUGACACAGCGGACAUUGUCGGCGUCACCCUCACCUUCUGUGUCAACAUUGUUCUUCUCGGACUUCUGAAAACACGUGGAAAAAACUUGGGCACUUAUAAAUAUCUCAUGGCGUUUUUCUCAGUAUUCUCGAUUUUUUACGCCAUCAUCGAGUUCAUAUUACGACCUAUAAUGCAUAUUGAGAACACCACUUUCUUUUUGAUCUCAAGGAAAAGAUUCAACUACUCCACCAAACUUGGAAAAAUCAACUCUGCGUUUUACUGUGCUUGUUUUGCCACCAGUUUUGUUGUCUCAGGAGUUCACUUUGUUUAUCGAUAUUUUGCAACUUGCAAACCGAAUCUACUUCGUUUGUUCAACUUGCCAACUCUUCUACUUUGGCCACUUGGUUGCAGUGUACCCGUGACAAUGUGGGCUAGUGUCUCAUAUUUUUUGUAUCCAGAUACCGAGUACACGGAAGCGGCUGUCACCAAUGUACUAAAUAACCACUAUAACUGGAUCAAAAAGGAGAAUGUAUCGUACAUUGCAUACGUCUAUUACCAAUACGAAAACGGAGUAAGGCAUAUCUACCUCAAAAACUUGCUUGGAUGCUUUGUUCAUUACUUUGUCAUGUCGAUGACGUUUGUUGUGAUGUUCUACUGCGGAUAUGCCACGUGGAAAACUAUGAAUGAACACAAGGAUGUAUCUGAUAGAACUCGAGCGCUACAGAAACAACUUUUCAAAGCUUUAGUUCUUCAGACACUCAUCCCAACUAUCUUCAUGUACGCCCCAACUGGAGUCAUGUUCAUCGCACCGUUUUUUGACGUGAAUUUGAAUGCAAACGCCAAUUUCAUUGUGUUUUGCUCAUUUCUGUACCCGGGACUCGAUCCACUCAUUCUGAUUUUGAUCAUUCGUGAUUUCCGAAGAACAAUAUUCAAUUUCUUGUGUGGAAAGAAAAACAGUGUUGAUGAAUCCCGCUCGACAACAAGAGCCAAUUUGUCUCAAGUUCCGACGUGAUGAAUGUUUUUUGAAAUACUGAGAAUCGCACAAUUGAGAAAUUUUAAUUUCAUUGGACUUGUCAUGAGAAUGAAGUCAUGUUAUACA